AUGUCCCGCGCAUCAAAAGUAUUCUUCGGCACCUCGAUGGUGUUCAUGUGCGCAACAGUCUACGGCGUCCACUGGCUGCAGAAGCGCGAGUCGGACAACAUGUACCUCGGCGUCCUGCGCGACGAGGAGCGCGUCAACGCCAAGAAGCUCGCCCAGGUCCAGCAACCCGCCGCUGUCGUCGACGAGGACUGCGCUACGUGCAUCAUCUCGCCCCCGCCCCAGCUCCUCGAGGCGCAGACCAAGGAGCAGCGUGCGCGUGAGCGGGCGGCUAGAUUGGCAGAGUACGAGGCGCAGAAGGGCUUGGCGGUGCGUCUGGAGGCGGCAGAGAGCAAGACGGCGGCGCCUCAGCGAUUGGUGUAG